GUGUGUAUGUGUUCUUCAUAUAACCAUAUACAUUGAAAAACAACUCAAACACAAACAAACCUCUCUCAUACCCUUAGCUUUUAUUCCCUCUUUUGAUCUUCAUGGAUCAGUCCCACAAAGUUUCUUCCUUCAGCUGUGAACUGAGAAUAAUACAAGCCAAAAACGUAGAGACCUUAAAGUCCACAAAGAACUUGUUUGUGAGGGUAUAUCUUCCUUCAGGGACCGACAAAAGAGUUCAACUCUGCACCAAAAGAGUUUCCUCAAACAUGAAACAUCAUGUUCCCUUUUGGAACGAGUCGUUCAGCUUAGAUUGUUCGUGUCCGCAAGAAUUGUUGGAAAGGCUUAGGAAGGAAAGGGUUGUGUUGGAGCUGAGACAAAGCAAGGUGUGGGGGUCGCAUGUGGUUGGAAAGGGUGAGAUUCCGUGGAAGGAAAUUGUUGAAUCACCGAAGAUGGAGUUGAAGGAAUGGGUGAAAAUGAGUGGAAGUGAUGAAGAUGAUGCAGCAGAAGUGGAAGUGGAGAUUAAAGUGGUUGUGGAGAAGAAGAAGAGUGUUGGGAGAAAGCGGUUGAACAAGAAAUGGAAUGAGUGUGGAUGCAGACAUGGCCAUGAUGUGUAUGCAUGCUGCAGUGCUGAAGAUUAUGAUAUGUUUGCUUUAGGUGCAGUUUUGGAGGCUUUCUGAACAUGAAUUUUCUCCUUUUCAUUUUCCACUGUUGAGAAUUCAUUUUCUUAAUUAAUGUUGUAAUUGUACAUAUGUGGUCCCAGUGAUUUGUUUUGAUACUUGAAGAACUGUGUAAUAUUUAAUUAAUUAAUUAAUUGAUGUCUGGGCAUGCUGUA